UGAAUAAAAAGCAAUUUUUUGUGAAUUUUAGGUCUUAACUCUUCAAAAAAUCAUCAAUUUAUGUGAAAAAUUGUCAAAAUCACCCCAAAAACGUGUCAUUAACUCGCGACAUUCAUUAAAAAUCCGAUAAAAAGUCGCAUCGGUCUCGUCAGAAUGUCCUCCAAGAAUGUAAAAUGCAAAAAUUGCGGGUCUUCCGAGAUCGAGGUUGACAGUGCGCGCGGAGAUGCUGUCUGUACCAACUGCGGAAGUGUCCUCGAGGACAAUAUCAUUGUCUCCGAAGUGCAAUUCGAGGAGGCACACGGCGCUUCGAACGCUGUCGGGCAAUUUGUGAGCUCCGACUCCAAGGGAGGCGCAACGGGCUACGGGAAAUUUCACGUAGGAACAGGCACAGAAUCGCGCGAAGUGACGCUGAGAAAAGCCAAGGCCGGAAUUACGCAUUUGUGUCAUCAGUUGGCGUUGAAUAAUCAUUGCAUCGAGACGGCUUGCAAUUUUUUUAAGAUGGCACUCAUGAGACAAUUGACGCGGGGACGGAAAAAUACACAUAUUUAUGCGGCGUGCGUUUAUAUUACUUGUCGCACCGAGGGAACGUCACACCUCCUCAUCGACAUCAGUGACGUCCUGCAAAUUUGCUGCUACGAACUUGGUCGAACUUACCUGAAGUUAUCACAAGCUUUGUGCAUCAACAUUCCAUCGAUCGACCCCUGCAUUUACAUCAUGCGUUUCGCCAACAAACUCGAACUCGGCGACAAAACGCACGAAGUCUCGAUGACAGCGCAACGUCUCGUCACCCGCAUGAAAAAGGACUCCAUCCACUCCGGUCGUCGUCCCUCAGGUCUUUGCGGUGCUUCACUUCUCCUCGCAGCUCGCAUGCACGACUUCAACCGAACCCCGAACGACAUCGUUCGCAUCGUCAAAAUCCACGAAUCAACUUUGCGAAAACGCCUCUUGGAAUUCGGCGAAACCCCGAGCAGCGCCCUGACCUUGGACGAGUUCAUGUCUGUCGAUCUGGAAGCGGAACAAGAUCCGCCCGCCUUCAAAGCUGCCCGAAAAAAAGACAAAGAACGAAUUUUGAAGCUACAAGAUGCCGACACCGAAAUCACACAACUGCAAGCGGAAAUCGAAAAAGCCAUCGAAGACAACACCGCGGGCCAAAAAAGAUCGCGAAAACAUUAUCUGAGCUUGUCCGACGUCGAAGUUGAGGAAACGAGCGAAACGAAUUUGUUCAUCGAGGAAUCGACAAUCAACACAAUUCAAGAGUGUCUUGCCGAUGAUGAAGUUUUUGCGACGGAAGAUGAGGAGAAAAAUACCGCCGAAGACCCCUCGGAAAAAGCUGCGACCAAAACUUGUCCGGAAAUUGUCUCUUUAUGUCUCGACAAGACCAACGAAAAUCCUUCGCCACGCAAAGACAAAGAAAAAAAAGACGUUCCCGGGCCGAGUCAGGAAGAUGGCGAACUCGAUCUCACCGGAAUUGACGACGACGAGCUCUCCGGGUACAUCAUGACUGCCGACGAAGCCGAAUACAAAGACAAAAUGUGGAACCAACUCAACCAAGAAUAUCUCACGAUCGCCAAGGCACGCGAAGAAAAACUCGCCAAGGAGCGCGAAGAGGGCAAACCCGAAAAGAAACGUCGUCGCACCGGCAAAAAAAAGUUAAUUGGUCCCUCGAGCAGUGCUGGCGAGGCAAUUGAAAAAAUGUUGCACGAAAAAAAGAUUUCCAACAAGAUCAACUACGACAUUCUCAAGACCUUGACAGACAUGAAACCGGCAGAAGAAGAGUCCUCGUCGACUGCCGAACGCGAAGAAGUCGAUAUUCUCACAAAAACGCGACAUCGACCUCUUGGAGCGCGAAAAUCAAAGCCUUCAGUGAAUAUUGUGGCAGCAACGAGACGAAACAAGGCGCCAAAUAUCGCGACAAUUCCAACAUUUGCGGAAGCAGAAGCGGCGGAAAAGAAAGAAGAGGCGAAAACGGCACAAACGGAAGACGAAAUGGAUGAAACGGACAUCGAACCGGAGCCAGAACCGAAAGAAGAGCAUUCGUCACUGCGGAAUAUGUUGCAGCAAGAUGACGAAGAUGGCGACGAUUACUACGGUUACGAUGAAUAUUGAGCUUUUUUUGAAUAAAAAUUAAUUUAU